AAUUUUUUAAUUAAAAUGAGGAAACUAUCAUCACAUAUUAUUACUGAUCGUAAUUCUAUUGAUCCUUUACUUUUACCAUAUGCUGGUAUGAAAAAGGAUGAGUUACUUUUAUUUUGUAAAAGACCUUUUUGGGUCAGAUCACGUAUUGCACUCCUCAUAGCCAUCCUUUCAAUAUGGUUAUUUUUAUUUUCAAAUGCCAUUACUAGUGUAGUUCAUAAAAAGACGUGUGAUGCUGACAAAUGGUGGAAACAUUCAAUAAUAUAUGAAGUAUAUCCAAGAUCUUUUAAAGAUAGCAAUGGAGAUGGAGUUGGGGAUUUAAAAGGUAUAAUAUCGAAAUUAGAUUAUUUUACCUACCUUGGAAUCGACGCGAUCUGGUUGACACCCGUCUACAAAUCUCCCAUGAAAGAUUUUGGGUACGACAUAGCCAAUUUCGUGGAUAUCGAUCCCCUGUUUGGCGACCUCGACAAUUUUAAAGACCUCGUAACUGAAGCACAUAAUAGAGACUUCAAGAUAAUAAUGGAUUUCGUUCCCAACCAUACGAGCAGAGAGCACAAUUGGUUUAACCUGAGUUGCCAGGAGAUCGAACCGUACACGGAUUACUACGUUUGGAAGAACGGGAAAUUGAUGAAGGACGGAAAAAUCGGACCACCUAACAAUUGGCUCAGUCAGUUCGGUGGUUCGGCUUGGACGUGGAACUCUCAAAGGAGCCAAUUUUACUACCACGCCUUUUUGAAGGAACAGCCAGAUUUGAAUUACGAAAAUCCUAAAGUUUUGGAAGAAAUGAAGAACGUUUUAAGAUUCUGGCUCGAUCUUGGUGUGGAUGGCUUCAGGAUAGAUGCCGUUUCAAACUUGCACGAGGAUUUAAGAUAUUUGGAUGAACCCACUAAUGACGAGGGCUCUAUAUCGGCAUCUAAAGACGAAUUCAAUUACCUGAAGCAUAUAUACGUGCUGCAUCAACCUAAAACGAUAACCACGAUUGCGGAGUUCGUAAAAGUCAUCAGGAGUUACGAAAAUGUCCCCAGCACUAUUAAGGCGAUUAUGAUCGAAGACUACGAUAAGGCCCAAAAUUUAAUGGUUUACUUUGAUGAAAGUGGGGCCGAUUUCCCUUUUAACUUUGACUUUGUGGGAGCCGAUGCUAAACACCUAGGCGGUUUCGGUACCAUGAAAUUGGUCGACUCCUGGAUGAAAUACAUGACUGCGCCAACUAAGUCUGUAGCCGUUGCUAAUAGGCAUGCUCCUGAAGGAAAUGAUGUAAAAUCCAAUUAUAGCAGUAGAUCUAGUCAGAUUAUCGAUUAUAGUAAACGUUGGCCUAACUGGGUGACCAGUAAUCACGAUCGACAUCGAUUCGCGACCAGAUUUGGUGAGAAUAUGACUGACGUGUUCCACAUGCUUAUACUAUUAUUACCCGGUACUCCGACCGUUUAUUAUGGAGACGAGUUAGGAAUGACAAACAUUGACGUGCCUCCUUUCACUCAAACUCAAGAUUCUUUCGCUUUAAAUAUGGGGCCGGAAAGAUACAAAUUAUAUACCAGAGAUCCAGAAAGAUCUCCAAUGCAAUGGGAUUCCACUCCGAACGCAGGCUUUACCACAUCUAACUCCCCUUGGUUACCCGUUAACCCUGAUUACGUCAAAAAAAACUUUCAAACCGAGAAAGAUGAUAAAAUGUCACAUCUGAACAUAUUUAGGACCCUAGUCAAAUUGAGAAGAGAAAAGGAAUUCAGAAAUAUCUAUAUUAGUUAUGGUGCUAUAACUAAAAAUAUUUUCUCAUUCGUUCGGAAAAAUGCGGAAGGGGACAAAGGAUAUUUUAUUAUUCUUAAUCUGGGUCGGGAACCAGACUACUAUCCACUAGAAGCACAUCCGAGUGGUUUAACUCCGUUCGGCAAACCUUUAAAAGUUUUACUCACAACUCCCAACAAUCAUUCUAAUGGUGCUAUUUCAAUCGGAAAUCAAAUAAAUAUGUUUCAAUCGACUCAAAGUAUCCAAACCAAAAAUUUUAAGGGCAAAGAUAUCAAGAUGAUCGAAACUUUAAAGGAUAAAAAACCGGCUGGGCAACUUGGUGAAAAAACAGAGAAGGAUAUCGAGUUAGAUCAUGGUUUAACGACAAAAAGAAAUUUAAGCACUUCUCUGAAUAAUAUCGAUAAUAAUGUGGAUGUCUACAAAGGCCCAUGGCUGGAAUCGGGCCAGGGAUUGGUUUUAGCAUGGGGCUCACCUCUUCCUGAUAUAUUGUGAUACAAAAUAUUAUUAGCAUUGUUCCCAUAUUUUUGUUUUUUUUAAUGCAUUCAUUCCUUCUUAAUCAAUUUUUUAAAAUUAAUAUUUUAUCUAUUAUCAUUAUUUAUUUAUUUUUUAAAUGUAAGCCAAAAUUUUAGUUUUUUAUACAAAUUUUUUUUAUAGAUUUAUAUUAAAAGACUUUUUAAUACUUAUAUUUAUUAUUAAUAUUAUUUCGCCAAAAAAUAUGUGUAUUACCCAGUGAUAACUUAUUAUGCCGAUGAUUUGUUUAUA